AUGGAGCUUGACCCUCAAAUGAUUGAUAUAUAUAAGCGAUACAAAGCUGGUACCAGCAAGGUGAUGGCAUGGCUCGCCAGCAAAACGCCAGAAUCUAUGCAAGACCGCUUUUCAAACGGAUCUGCCAGUUCAAGUGGAGGCAGAUUUAAGGGCAAGGAGAGGGCUAAGCAUAAAGCGAAAUCAGAGAAACUCUCUAUCGCUGUAGCUAAUAUACCGAUAAUUUCCAAAGUCAUUGCAAGCACAGCAAAAACAUCCGUUCCUGAUGAUAUCAUCCAAACCUUAGAAGAUGUCAUUGUAGCUCGGAGUGCCUGUAACAAGUUUUACGAGUAAGUUUCAACAUUUUAACAUAGAUAUCGCUCCAGUCUUUGUUUUGGUUUCCGUACUAAACAAUGCUCAGAAGUCAGGAUUUUGCGAAUCAGUCCACGAAUCUUUCGAACCAAAAGCACCGGUACCUUAUCCAAAUCCUCAGCGAAACACUUGCGCUCCUGAAACCACUUAGCAGAUCUACAGCCACAAGCACGGUACCCAAAGAACCGGACCAUGACUUGAAGUCUGGAAAACAUAUUGGUGAUCUUUGUAAUCGUUUUGGUUUUUUGGAAAUUGAAGAACCCACGAGUUGGACAUCAACUGCAGUGUCGAAUAAAUCGAACAAGCCCAUUCAUGAUUACGAGAUCAAAAAGACAGAAGAAGACACCUCGUUCGCGAUAUAUUGUCUCUUCAAGGACCUGACUGACAUUCGUCACUACAUUCGACAGACUGUGAGUAGCAAACAUAGCACACUUCCACUCAUCCUAUACAUAGCCAUUACGAGAUAGAUGUGGUAUUAUCAGUCUACUGCUCUGCCGAUAGAGGCAAGAGUCAGACACCUGACGUAUUCCGCUUUAUCUCUAGGCAUCCCGUCUUCGUUAAUGUCUACAAUCUACUAUGGAGGAGGAGAUAGUAGUUGAAUAUUGCCUUUGCUAACGGACGUGCGAAUUAGUGGGCAGAAUAUCGAGAACACUGUAUCACUUUCACGACUGCUGCAUCAGUUACGAACACGGCUAUUGCACUAUUUCGUCGCCUCACUAGAGAAUUCGUUUCCGAAUUCCCCCAGUUUGAGGACCAUGGAGCAAUCAUAAAUACUGCUCCCCGACCCCCCACGAUAAGGAUUCCCAGGAUUUUGCGAUAUACACUGCAGGUGGGGUUGGAGUCAGCUCUCGGACAUUGUUCUGCCAUCUUACCUAUGAAGUUUUGA